AUGGCGCGUGUUUACGCCGAUGUCAACGAGCAUAUGCCUCGGUCCUACUGGGACUACGACAGUGUCAACAUUUCCUGGGGUGUGUUGGAAAAUUACGAGAUUGUUCGCAAGAUAGGCCGAGGAAAGUACUCCGAGGUAUUCGAGGGCAUCAAUGUCGUCAACUAUCAGAAAUGUGUCAUCAAGGUUCUUAAGCCCGUCAAGAAGAAGAAGAUUAAGCGAGAGAUCAAGAUUCUUCAGAAUCUCGCUGGAGGACCCAACGUUGUCGCGUUGCUGGAUGUAGUGCGCGACAACCAGAGCAAGACUCCUAGCCUUGUGUUUGAAGCUGUCAACAAUACCGAUUUCCGGACACUUUACCCCCGCUUUACGGAUUAUGAUGUGCGCUUCUACGUUAAUGAGCUGCUGAAGGCCCUUGAUUUCUGCCACAGCAAGGGUAUCAUGCACCGAGAUGUGAAGCCCCACAACGUCAUGAUUGAUCACGAGAAGCGCAAGCUGCGUUUGAUUGACUGGGGUCUGGCGGAGUUCUACCACAAGGGUACUGAAUACAAUGUCCGUGUUGCCUCACGCUAUUUCAAGGGUCCUGAGCUGCUGGUCGACUUCCAAGAGUAUGACUACUCUCUGGACAUGUGGUCACUCGGUGCCAUGUUCGCGUCAAUGAUCUUCCGCAAGGAGCCUUUCUUCCACGGCAACAGCAAUUCGGAUCAAUUGGUGAAGAUCGCCAAGGUCCUCGGAACCGAGGAACUCUUUGAGUACCUGGACAAGUACGAUAUCGAGCUUGACCCGCAGUACGACGAGAUCCUCUCGCGUUUCCCCCGGAAGCCCUGGCAUUCGUUUGUCACUGCUGAAAACCAGCGCUUUGUCAGUGAUGAGGCAAUCGACUUCCUCGAUAAACUCCUGCGUUAUGAUCACAACGAACGCCUGACUGCCCAAGAGGCUAUGGCACACCCGUACUUCGAGCCCGUCCGCGCUGCUGCCCGCAACAACGCAACCCAAUCCUGA